UGACCCUCAGCCACUCCAGCCUUGCCAUGGUCACCUCUGUCCUGCUGGCCUUGCUGCUGGGCGGCCCCGCGCUGGCCUCCGAGAUCGUGGGGGGCCGGCCAGCCAGGCCCCACGCGUGGCCAUUCAUGGUGUCCCUGCAGCAGCGCGGAGGCCACUUCUGCGGUGCCACCUUGAUCGCCCCCAGCUUUGUCAUGUCUGCGGCGCACUGCGUGAAUGGCCGGAACUUCCGGUCGGUGCAGGUGGUGCUGGGCGCGCACGACCUGCGGCUCCGCGAGCCCACCCGGCAGAUGUUCGGUGUGCGGAGAGUCUUUGAAAACGGCUUCGACCCCCAGAACUUGCGCAAUGACAUCGUGAUCCUCCAGCUCAACGGGUCGGCCACCAUCAACGCCAACGUGCAGGCGGCCAGGCUGCCGGCGCAGGACCGCGGCGUGGGCAACGGCACGCGGUGCCUGGCCAUGGGCUGGGGCCAGCUGGGCAACAACCGGCCACCGCCCAGCGUCCUGCAGGAGCUCAACGUGACGGUGGUGACCGCCCUCUGCAACAACCGCCGCAACGUGUGCACGCUCGCUGGGCGCCGGCGGGCUGGCAUCUGCUUUGGCGACUCCGGCGGCCCCCUGGUGUGCAGCGGCGUGGUGCAGGGCAUCGACUCCUUCGUCCGAGGAGGCUGCGGCUCCGGCUUCUACCCCGACGGCUUUGCCCCAGUGGCGCAGUUCGCAGACUGGAUCAACUCCAUCAUCCAGCGCCCCGGGGGCCACCCCCUUCCCCACCCCAGGGACCCUGCUAGCAGGACCCACUAGGAAGGGCUGCCGUGGCCGCCCCACU